AUGAAGUGGUACUUGAUCCAACUCCAUCUCAUUGUUGCUGCAUCUAUCACGCAAAUUCCCCUCAUUCAUACCUCCAAAUUUGACUACGAUACUGCAUCUACCUCGUCGGCUAAAUCACGAGGCAGGACAUCACAGACUGCCUUGACUGAAUGCCAUUUGCAAGUAGAAUGCACCGCUCCACAGACCUCACAUUUGGCGGCGAAUGAGAGCGAGUCGCUAGGAAUGGUUAGAAAGAUCCGCAUCCCCGUUCGAGCCGCCAGAGGUCCGCAAGGUCCCAGAGGUCUUCGUGGACCAGCUGGACCAAGAGGACCUCCUGGAUUCAGUCCUGAAAUCAAUGAAGAUAUUGUCACGAACGGUCGCGUAAAAAGACGUGUGACCAGCCAGCGACUGCCUAGCUACACACCUCCUGAACGCCAUUUCAUAGUUUGGAGAUUGGAGGAGCAGAGGGACUAUGAGGACAUCCACAUUCUGGAGCUGCGAGUGGGUGCGCAUGGCUUCAGCGACCGUCUAGCGAGUCUUGAGGAUUUUGCUGGCACUUGCUCCAUCGAAAUGGUGCGACCGAACUCGAGUGGUGCCCAGUACUGCUUUUCCCUCGAAUCCAUGCUUCCCGAAUUGAUCUCCACCUCAGUGGGCAUCGUCAUUGAUUGGGACGCUAUUGAAGGCACCACCGCGGAUGAGAUUUGGCGAGCAUUUCAGCAGCGCCUAGUGGAUGAGACCGUCUUUCGGCCCGUGAUUGCCGCCUAUUCUGCGCAGUUUCGCUCAGCAGAGGCUUUUUCGGCUUGGCAGAGAAAUUUGCAAGACAACACCAGACGAAGGGAUUCGGAGCGAAACUCUGGUUCUAAGCCUUGCUUGUUUGAAUUCCGGUUCCCACUCCUUCUUAUCUCUGGCUGGCUAUGGAUUCUGACAUUUUAA